AUGACCUCUUCAACUUCUCCCCGAGUACGACAGACCACACAAAACACACUUCUCACAUACAACCUCUCCCGACGCAUACACGAUGUCCAAACAUACCCGAUCCAGUCGCCUCAAGGAGCGACCAUCCUGCUGUACGGCCACGAGACGGGCGUGACCAUCGUGUGGCGUGGUGGACGCCGCUUCAAGCCCUCGAAGAAGCCGGAGCCCGCGAAGCAGCACCAAAACGGCAGCGGCUCCGGCGCCGACGCCGGCAUCAUGGUGAUUGACUCGGACGACGACGACAACCAGCCUGCCGCCAAGAAGACGUUUGUGGACAAGCCCGAGUUUGAAGCCGCCGCGGCGACCGAAGAUGGGUCGUACCCGCCCAUCACCCAGACUCUCGACCUCACGCUCGGCACGGCGGUGCUGCACGUGGCGGUGCUGCCCAACAGCCCCAACACGGCGGAGGGCACGGCGACCGGCGCCGCGCUACUCAGCGAGCGGCUUGUCUUUGCCGUGUCGUGCGCAAGCAACGACGCCUACGUGAUCGCGCUGCCGAGCACGCCGCCUUCGGCAGAGAGCAAGGCGCGGCCCGAGCUGCGCGUCGACUUGCUGGCCGGGCAGGCGGGCUCCGGCGCGUGGGGUGAGACACUGAUCGCGCUGGGCGGCCAGACAAGACCGAGCGACGGCAUUGCAGUGGCGCUCGCGAAGACGGCUGCCUCAGCACGGCCCCGUCUCAUAGUCGCGGCGCACGCCAAGCAAGCGUCGGGCGUCCUGCAGCUCUGGGACGUUGCGCUGGAGGCGAAGCCAAACCGGCCGCUGGAGCCGUUUCAAACCGAAUACCUGCCCAGUCCGCUGAAGAGAAUCUCCUUCAACCCUACGCACGGCACGCAGCUCCUGACCGUGUCCGCCACCGACGCUACUCGAAUCUACGAUUACGCUGCUUCCUCGAUGCCCAACGACCCCGAGGCCACGGGCCCCUUCCCCAGCCAGGGCUCGUGGCUGCUCUCCCUAUACCAGCCCUUUGCUAAACCCUCGUCGGCGAGGAAGGCGAUCCUCGACGCGGCCUGGAUAGCAAGAGGCCAAGCCGUCUUCGUGCUGCUUGCCGACGGCAUGUGGGGAAUCUGGGACAUUGACGGCGUGAGCCCCGUAUCGACCAGCGCGACCAUGUCGAAGAGGCUCAAGUCGGGUGUGCGCGGUGCGGCGCUGACCGCCUUCAGCAUAUCCGGCUACGUCGAAGGCACAGGCUCUCUGCGCACAAUGGCCAACCAGCAGAAAGAGACGCAGCACGGCGAGUUUGCGCCGAUGACGCCGCAUACCCGCAAGCAGGCGACUGCUUCGCUGACAUCUGCCAACACGCUGGACAGACUGGCGAGCGUGCACGGCGGCGUGCGAACGGCCGUGGUUUCGUCAGUGAAAAAGUCAGCGCAAGAGGAGGCAUUGGUACUGUGGGUCGGUAGUCUGGAGCACGUCUGCGUGGUGCCUGCCAUCACCCGGUUUUGGGAAGCACAGCUGAACAAGGCAUCUGCUGCUGGCGUGAGCCUGUUUAGCGGCAGCCUGCCCUCGAGAAUGGUCAAACUUGCCGAUCUAGCUACUGGCUUGCUUGGCGAGCCGUGCUGUGGCGUCGACCUCAUCCCCACAAGGAGUUCCGGUUCGGUCGCAGAUGGUGGCAUGCCUGUGGAGGUGGUGAUCCGCGGCGAGACCCGACUCGUUAUUGCCCGCGACGGCGACGAGAGUGGGAACAAGAAGCUGGCGCUGUACCGCCCCAGACGCCUCUUCUCCAAGGAGCGUCCCAACGCCAUCAUCGUGCACGGCGAAAACAACAAGGCCCUGCCGAAGCUGUCUUUCAACCUGAGCACAGCCAAGGUUGGGUCGCUACGUCGCAAGUCGACACCCGUCGAUUCGGACCACGACAUGGACGAGGGGUCGUUUACCGGCGGCCCACGACCGCGCGUUGGAUUCGACUUUGCCAACACGCUCAGCGCUGCGGCGGACGAAUCGGCGGAUAUUUCACGCGACGUCGAGACCGAGAUGCUGGGCAUUAUGGAAAUUGACCAAGCGCUGGAUUCCAUGAACGGGACACCCGUGAAUCAUGGCCGAAAGAGGGUUUUCUUUGAUGCGUAA